GGGUGAUUGUGCUCCGGAAAAAGUCCGGAUUUCCGGAAUUUUCACUAACUGUGAUCCGGAAGUUUCCGGAAAUCGAAGGUCCAGUUGUUUUAACAAAUCAUUGAUCACAAAAGUUUCCGGAAAUCAAUGGUACAGGGUUGCCUCCGGCGACUAAAAAGCUACUAUUUUCGGCCUUAGGCGACUAUGUCGCUUUUUUACUUUUGGCGAAGUUUUUUCGCAAAAAUGAACAUUACUUUUCAGUCCCCUCGCUAAUACGUGCGUAGUGCUGCCUACCACGUGCAUGUGCUCAGUGACGUCAUCACGCUAAUCACUCCCUUGUUAUUUAACCCCACGGAAGAAAAAAAAAAUCUGCUUUCCUUCAUUAUUAUCUCGUUCAAGUGGAAGCGUAUUUUAUUUUUAAUUGUAUAUCUAUGUGAUGGAUUUUCUACCAUACCAGUGUCCUUCCUCUUUAUAAUACAUUUCAGCAUAUGAGGAUGGUAGCGAAUUCGAAGAUGAAUUCGAUUUGGAUGAUAUUGAUGUGGAUGAGAUUGAUUUUGAUGAGGAAUAUAUGAUGGAGUUAAGAGCUGAAGUGCCAUCAUCUGAUGAUGAUGAUGUUGGGGAUGAUGAUGAGGAGGGUGAUGAUGUUGGUUAUGAGAUUAAGGAUGAGUUUAAUGAUGAUGAUGAGGGUGAUGGAGUUGAAGAGCUGAAUAGUGAGGAAUUGUUCCUAUUCAGCGAUGUAAAGAUAGCGAAACUCUAUAAGAUGGAUUUGGUGCACGAUAAGGACUCAAUCGAGUACGGCAUUGAGGACGAUAGAUUGAAAAGUCAUGAUGGUCCCUUAAGGGACGAAAUAGAUUUUUGGCAACGAAGUGAUAUUGAGCUUACCAUCAAUGAACAAUCUGAACAAGAAGAGAAAGGAUGCUUUCAUUGCUUCACUCGAAUCUUCAGGAGAUUGUUCAAGAGAAAGUAAAUCACGACUGGUCUGAAAGUAAACCAAGACGUGACUUAAAGUAAAUCACGAAUUGUUGUAAAGAAAAUCAUGACUUGUCCUAAAGUAAAUUACGCUUUGGCUGAAAGUAAAUGAAGACUUUGCUGUAACACCUGAAAAAUUAUAUUACUGUUCCUUUCCAAAGUCUAAAAACUGUUAAUCAAGAAAAUUUAAAAUGCAAAUAUUUAAACUGCUGUAA